CAUUCGUUCAUUUAUUUAUUUAUUUACUUAUUUACUCAUUUAUUUAUUUACUCGUUUGUUUAUUUAUUUUUAGCGUUGCGCCCUAUUUCAGACAUGGAACAUCCUCGACAACAUCAAAACGAAAUCUCAGACACCCACCCAAAGUCCGUCGGUGAAAUGAUCCUAAACUGUUCCUUCAUUUCUAUUUCGGCAUCAAUGAAAUAGAAAAGAGAAUCUGCAAACUGGAAAGAUGCCUGGAGCGAGGAGGACAGAGCCGAGCCGAGCCGAGCCGAGCCGCUCGGGAUGGAUAUCCCCGAAGAGCGAAUGCUCGCCUCCGGGACCCCUGGCCAGGCUUCUUUCGGAGAACAAAGCAAAGGAGGGGGAGGCAAAGCAGCCCAGCAGAAUGUGGUCCCGAAGCAGCGACGGUGUUUACUCCGCUAGCGGCAACCCCCACGGGGUCCUGCCGCGCGAAUCCCACACCUUGGGUCCCGCGGGAGCAAUGGGAGAGGCGGAGGGGACAGCCGUACCUUUGGGGCUGGUUUCCCGUUACCUCCGCUCACCAACUCCUCCUUAGGUCUUAAAGGCUAGAAGGAAAAAGUUGCAUCACGGCUGCUGGCAGCUGCUUCCCUCUCCUCCCCUUCCUCAUUCUCAGGUGUUGGCAGCACGGCGCUCCGGAGACCAGGGGCUGAACGGGCUGGGGAGCCACUGAAGGCGUGAAGGACGGGGUCAGGUUCAAGGUCAGGCGCGCUGGAGCUUUGGGGAGACGUCACGGCCUCCCUCAUGGCCAGCCCAACAGCGAAGCGCCUUUCCUCCGAGAAGCGGGGCGGGCGGAGUCCAGAGCAGACAGGUGAGGUCGGCGCCUAAUCCGCCUCGUCGCCCUCCCUCUCCCGCAGGGCAGGUGGCUGCUGUUGGUGGCCGUGGCCGUGGCUGUGGCUGUGGCUGCGGCGGCCACAGAGGCGGGUCACGCAUAAUUAGGCGGAGACAGAGGCGGGGACUGCCCUGCCCCGGCCCCGGGACGAGCCCCUCGGAGAGGUAGGAGACCUGUGACUACUUUGAAGGCGCCCAGAGCGAGCCCGGAGAGCUCAUCUCACCAUGGAGGGAGAUGGAGGCAUUGAUAACCCGGCUUUCGUCCCGUCCAGCCCGAGCCUCGCUCGUCAUUUACCGGCGUCUCCAGCUGAAGUCGAGGUUUCCGUCCAGACCAGUCCCAGCGAGGAGCUGCCCCCGCCGCCGCCGCCGCCGCCGCCGCCGCAGCCAGCGCAGGUCGCGGAGCUGGAGGAGGGUCCCUGCGGCUGGGGACGCUUCACUCCCGCCUUCCUGCAGCGCUGCAACAACCCCAAGGGCUUUCUGUUUCACUACUGCCUCCUGGCUCUCAUCCAAGGUAUUGUAGUAAAUGGCCUAGUAAACAUUAGCAUCUCUACUAUUGAGAAGCGCUAUGAACUGAAGAGUUCCUUGACUGGCCUGGUAUCAUCAAGCUAUGACAUUUCAUUCUGUAUGUUGUCAUUAUUUGUAUCAUUCUUUGGAGAAAGAGGGCACAAACCAAGAUGGCUUGCUUUUGCAUCCUUUAUGAUGGGCCUGGGAUCUCUUAUAUUUUCUUUGCCACAUUUCACAAGUGGAGAAUAUCAUUUUGGCUCUAAAUUUGAAGAUACUUGCCCAGCAACAGGAAAUGUUAGCAACUGCAGGGAUGUCUCCUCUAAGCUUUCGAGCUACCUUUAUGUGUUCAUCUUGGGACAGCUGUUGCUGGGAGUAGGAGGAACUCCUCUUUACACACUAGGGACAGCUUUUAUUGAUGACAGUGUUCCUACGCAUAAGUCAUCUCUCUAUAUAGGAAUCGGAUUUUCUAUGUCAGUCCUAGGCCCUGCCAUUGGAUACGUGUUGGGAGGACAGCUGCUAAAAAUCUAUAUAGAUGCUGAUAUGGGGAAAAGAACUUUUAUUGCUGAAGAUGAUCCACGCUGGCUGGGUGCAUGGUGGAUUGGCUUUAUUUUGUCCUGGUUCCUGUCAUGGUCUUUGAUUGUACCUUUUUCUUGCUUUCCAAAGCAAUUGCCAGGCACAGCAGAAACACAGGCUGGGAAAGUUUCUCAGGCCCAUCAGAAUGGCAGUGCCAUACAGACUUCAGACAAGAAUUUUGGGAAAAGUAUUAAAGAUUUUCCAGCUGCUCUUCAGACUUUGCUGAGAAAUUCUGUAUUCAUGUGCUUAGCUCUGUCUACUUCGACAGAAGCUUUAAUUACUACUGGUUUUGCUACAUUUUUGCCUAAAUUUAUAGAAAAUCAAUUUGGAUUGUCAUCCAGCUUUGCGGCUACACUUGGAGGGGUUGUUUUAAUUCCAGGAGCAGCUCUGGGGCAAGUUUUAGGUGGUGUCAUUGUGUCCAAAUUCAAAAUGGCUUGCAAAAACAUUAUGAAGUUUUCCUUGCUGAUGUCUGUCCUAUCCCUUAUACUGAGUUUCGUAUUUAUUUUUGCUAAAUGUGGAAAUGAGCCAUUUGCUGGUGUUUCUGAAGCAUAUAAUGGGACAGGAGAGCUGGGAAAUCUGACGGCCCCUUGUAAUGUUAAUUGCAACUGCUUGGAUUCCUUUUACUAUCCUGUUUGUGGAAGAGAUGGUGUCCAGUACUUUUCUCCCUGCAUUGCCGGCUGCAAAAAUUCAGUGCCCCAAAGCCAGCCAAAGGUAUACCACAAUUGUUCCUGUAUUGGAAGCCCGGAAUAUGCCAUGCCUUCUGCAGAAAGUUUGGGCUAUGAAGCCAAAGCCGGGAAGUGUGAAAGUCGCUGUACAAAUUUGCCUCUAUUUCUCGGCUUUUUCUUUGUUACUGUUAUUUUUACCUUCAUGGCUGGGACUCCGAUUACUGUAGCAAUUCUUCGGUGUGUCAAUACCUAUCAACGCUCUCUAGCCCUUGGAGUACAGUUUGUUUUGGUCCGAUUAUUGGGUACAAUUCCUGGACCAAUUGUGUUUGGCUUUGCAAUAGACAGUUCUUGUACUCUUUGGGACGUCAACCAAUGUGGCAUUCGAGGAGCUUGCUGGUUAUAUGAUAACACCAAGAUGGCCUUCAUGCUAGUAGGAAUAAGUUUUGGUUGUAAAGUACUAACUAUCUUCUUCAAUGCCCUUGCGAUCUUCUUGUACAAGCCUCCUCCAUCUGGCACCAAUGUCACAUUCCAGAACGAGAACAUCGUCGUGGCUUCUGUCCCCGCAGAACCUGAUCACAGCAAAAUGAGACACGAUGGCUAGCAGAGAAAAGAAGAGGACAUUUGACCCAAGAAAGACUCGUUUUUAAGAACUGGAUUACCAUUGCAGCAUUAUCCACACCCACUGAAAAACAUCACCCUUUGGAUGUGGUCAAGAGAGAAAACAACUGAAUUCAGUCUUGAGAGCUUAACGCAUACUUCCUUUUGUCACUUCAGAAGUAAGAAAGCAGAUACUGUACUUUUACAUUCCAUUAAAAAGAUCCCAAACCUGGAGGUAAACCUAUAGAGUUGUUUUCUUUUUCAGGGGUAUGAAAUUCCAACCUAAACCUAAAAACAAGGGUCAUCUAUCUACUAAAUUCCAAAGAAACACUGUAAAGAAAGUUCAUUGACACACAGAACUAGUAAAAUGUGAAUCCAACUUUAUAAGAGCCGUAGACAAUUAGGUUUCUUCAACAGCUUAAAAAAAGUGACUCGUAUUUAUUUACUACUUUCAUUCUAGAGUGUCAGAGCUUAAAUUAUUCAAAGCCUAAUUCACAAUUAUUAGGUAGUAAGGAUUCUAUUUAAGCAGAUCUAGGACUGCACCGAUUAUGUGGGGGAUGACUAGAUGAUUGUGUUUCAUUUCUAGUUUUUCUUUUAUCCUAGACACUCCUUUAUCAUGGGAAGCUACUGGAUUGUAAAUCCUUUCAAAAUUGUACUUUAUCUACUUAUUUUUUAUAAUCUAGUAGAUACCGAGUAUAUGUAUAUUCUUUACCUUUCUUUUAAAGUAUUCCAGAAGAGACAGACACUGAUAUUUCUAAUGAUAUUGGAAUAUUAUUUAAAAUACUUUUCCCUAUUUAAAAGAAAACAAAAUAACAAACUCUCAACAUAAUAUCUAUAACUUUUACUACAAAUCUUUGCCUAUACUAAAUGCCCAUGAAAUAAAUUGAUUACAGAGGAAGUGUUAAAAUAUUAUCUUUAAGACAUUUUGAAAAAUGUGAUAAAAAAUGAAAUUUUUCACUAUCAAGAUAAGUUUUACUUUAAGAGUUUAUGGGCUGGAUCAGGCUUUAGGAAGUCUCAGUUAUUUUAUUUUAUUUUAUUUUAUUUUUAAAUCUCAGUUAUUUUAGAUCACAGGAUUAAAACUUUCUUCAGCAUCAAAGAAAAUUUGUCCCUGUACAAAUCCCAUAGUUGGAAGUGUAGAGUCAACUGCAAAACCUUUUAUGGAAUGCAUUGACUAAGAAUUGAAUGUAGAAUAAUACUCCUGGCAAUAACUUCUAUUAUCUAGCAGUCUCUAUUACCUUUUUUGGGGGGGAUCAAAUUUAAUGUAUGGGAGACGUGUCCAAACUUAAAUGGAUCCCUGUGAGACCCAGCUUGAUUCAGAAAAUGACAAAUUAACAUUCCAUAUGAUGUAUUCUAAUUUAUUUCAAUAAACACUUUCCAAUUUAACUUUCAUCUGAUUGCAGCCAGACUCAGGAAAUCCAUAAGCUAUAAGUUUGACACCCGAUUUUACAGUAUUGGAAUAAUAGUGAGUGAAGACCUUGAAGAGGCCAAUGUGGUAACCAUGGAUCAAUGGCGUGACUCUCCAAGGGAAGAAGGAAGGGAGGGAGGGGAAACAAGCCAUAUGCUGGAAUAAGGCUUUGGUAAUCUGCAACUAGGCUAAAGUCAGAUCAUGUCUGAGUAACUGAGGACUAGAAAAAAGUCAGAGAGAAGCCUGAGGAAAACUAGAAGAACCAAGCAGGAGGGAUACAUUUACAGGAACCCAAGUGCGGAGAUGAGGGACCUGGAGAGCAAGUCCGAGGCACUGGCACCAAGGAGACUUGGAACCUGAGGUCAAUGCCAAAAUGGUACCCAAUGUUUCCUACUAGAGUGGAGAUACUUAUAAGACUUAGCAUAUUGAUGGUAGAAAUCAUGGUACCUGUUGAGAGAAAGUACAAAGGCAGAAAAUAAAGCCAGAUCUGUAGAGAUACUGAGAGCAAUGUGAAAUGACGCUAGGAGAAAGGACAAAAGAAUUAAUAACAUUGACAAGAACAGAAAAACUCCAAAUGUACAAAAGACGCCACUAUAUACCUCAGUAGUUUAGCAGAGUAUCUUGUCCUGUAUCACGGUUCAUUCACCAAUAUUCAUAUUGAAGACAUUGAAUGCACAAGAACAAGUUUGAUUGUAUUCAGCUGAUAUGUUCCAUAGAGAAAUGGAAUAGUUCACAUAUUUUAGAAAUGAAAAAACUGUUUUUCUUGCACACCUACCCAUUGUGUGCAGGCACAUGUGCUUGUGCACACAUGCACACCCAAAGUGUUUAAAAAGAAAGCUUAAGCUAUCUAGAAAGUUGGCUUAAUGUGAAACACUUCAUUCCUCAGUGAUGUCAGAUGAAUGCAGUGUUAGUAAGCAAAUACUUGCAUGCAUCUUUGUUUUCUUUAAUUCAAGAGUUCCUUCUAACAAUGCAAGUUGAAAUUCAUGCAUUAUAAUCAGAAUAUUCAUUUAUAUUCAGUAAAUGGUUUGCAUAUGAAAAUUCUCACUAUUUUUAAUAGAAACUUUAAUGUAGAAGCUGCCCUCUUACUAUUUUUGUAUUUUAUUGUACAAUAUUGGGUUAAUCAUUUAGACUUUUGAGUAUUGAGGCUAUGUUUAUAAUAUGUAAAUGCAAAAUAAAUAUGCACAAAUUAUGUACAAUUACUAUAGCUAUGCAAAUAAUAUAAAUUCUAAAUACUUAAGAAAAGUAAACUUUUAAAGUAUAUUUUAUUAUAAAUAAAAAUAGCAGAACGUUUGAUACCUUAAUUCAGCAGGAUUAUAUUGCGGGACUAUUUAAAAUCAAUUAUUUAAAUUUCUCAUCUUUGUCUACUUGAGAAUCUACUAUUAAAUUUUAAUUAAGCUAUUUUAUAAAAAUAAGUUUAUUUUUAUACAAGUGGAAAAAUAUUCUUUUUACUAUGGAAGCCAUUUGGCAUGCUCAGUGGUUUUUGAUAUAUUAGCAAAUAUAUUAAAAUCAAUAAAUUUGAUACUUAUUGUAGAGUUCACCAGAACAAUCAAUCUAUGUACAUAUUUCUAAAAUAACAAAAGUAUUACCUCUUAUAGUCAACUGAAGAAGAAUUGAGAUGAAUUAUCUUUUUCAAUAAAUUUUAAAGAAGUAA